AUGUCUUCAGAUUCGGGGACGAUGUAUUCAGCAGCUUCCGACGGCGAGAGCAGUCAUCAUGGGAGCCACGAUAUAUCACAUACGGAGCUAGCUGAUAUUGUGGCUCAGAUGGAUCAUCUCACCCUGGACCCAAAACAACAAGGCCAUGACGAGGUAUUGUCGAGCCCUCUUCUCACCGUGCCCGUCAUCAAUACUUCCCCUCCUUCGCAAUACGGCCUCUUCGGUAUAAGCCUCUCGGAGGGUUCGCUCGCCACUGGGGUCACCAGAGUAGAUUCCAGAAUCUUUCACAACGUAGCUUGUCCCUCAAGUAUCUUCAUUUGCGGCAGUCAAGGUUCCGGAAAGAGCAAGACGCUCGCAUGUCUUCUGGAGAACUGCUUACUCUCUAGCUACUUGGGCAAGUUGACUCUCCCCCUCAGUGGAACAAUCUUUCACUACGACAGCUUCGUUUCGGACUCGGGUGGUCUCCCGUGCGAGGCGGCUUUCCUUGCCUCCAACAAAAACGUUUCGGUCAGGGUGCUGUGUGUCCCUACUAACGUUCGCACCAUCGAGAGAAUUUACAGUGGUAUUUCUGACCUCCAGAUUGAGCCUUUGAGGCUCAGCGACCGCGACCUCAACACCAAGCACACGAAUGACUUGAUGGCAGUUGGGGAGGGCACCAUGCCACUGUACAUGCACGUCAUCAACCGGAUCUUGCGAGAGAUGCGCAUUGAGCAGCAGAACCUUGGCGUCCCUUUCAAGUACAAAACCUUCAAAAAGCGUUUGAGCGAGGCGGACUUGACCCCAGCCCAGAGAAGUCCAUUGAGUCAGCGCCUUGAUACCCUUGAAAGCUUCAUGUUGGGGGACACGGGUAAGGUUACCAAGACGAGGAUCGAUUGGACGCCUAAGUCGGGUCAACUGACCGUCGUCGAUUUGUCUUGCCCGUGUGUCACGCCAGAGCUGGCCUGCUCUCUGUUCAACAUUUGCCUGUCUCUCUUCCUGGAGCAGCAGUCUCCCGUUGGAAAGGUGGUUGCUCUUGAUGAGGCACACAAGUACAUGAAAGAAUCCGACGAGAGUCAGACGCUCACGAACUCCUUGUUGGAAACCAUCCGCCUGCAGCGACAUCUUGGCGUCCGGGUCUUCAUCUCAACUCAAGAGCCCACGGUCUCUACUAAGCUUCUCGACCUGUGUUCCAUGACGAUUGUACAUCGAUUCACCUCACCCGACUGGCUUCGAACCUUGCGCCAGCACUUGGCUGGUAUCUCUUCCAUGUCGAUGACGAUGGCUGAUGGAGAAGAGUCAAGCCAUGCAGUUGCGCCCAUCGCACUGGGUACAAAAGAUCCAGCGCUGGGGCUCUUUUGUAUGAUCGUAUCAUUGCACACUGGACAGGCACUUGUGUUUGCUCCGAGCACGGUUCUCGGCUUGCACAAUGAGCGGGAUGCAGUUGUCCUGCAGCGACUGGCUCAUCGGGCUCUCCGUAUCAAAGUUCGGUCCCGCCUGACCAAAGACGGGGGAAAGACUGUCAUGGCCUGA